GGACCUCUCUCAGGAAGAAUGGGAAUGUCUAGACUGUGCUCAGAAGGCAUUGUACAUGGAUGUGAUGUUAGAGAAUUACAACAAUCUACUCUUUGUGGAGAACCAUCACAUAUGUGGUAAAUGUGAGAAGGUCUUGCAUCAAGGCACAAAGCAUUUUAUUCAUGAUCAUGAAAAUAUCCAAGAGAUGUCGUAUAAUUGUAAUGAGCUUUGCAAAGUGAUUCAUGAGCCCCGUCAGUGUAUACCUCAUAACACAAGUAAUACUGCAGAAAAUUACAAGUACAGAUUUAGUAACCACAGAAAUGCCUCUGGUGAAACCUUAAACCUCAACAGACACAAAAAUGGAAAUGCUGGCGAAGAACCUUGCAAAUAUAAAGACUCUGUAAACUGUUUCCAUCUGUGUCCCAUCAUUAGCCAAAAUCAAAGAAUUCACACAGGAAAGAAAAAGCACAAAAAUACCAAGUAUGAUAAAUAUUUUGAUUCCAAACAUAAACUUAAGCUAAAACAAACCAAUAGUGGAAGGAAAUCACACCAAUGCUGGAAAUGUGGAAAAUUAUUCAAGACUCACUCAUCUCUCAUUAGGCAUCAGAGAGCACAUACUGGAGAAAAAACUUAUAAAUGUACAAGAUGCAGUAAAUCCUUCCUGCAUUUUUCACAACUCAAAGUACAUUACAAAAUCCACUAUAGAGGAAAACUCCACAAAUGUUCAGAAUGUGGUAAGUGCUUUUGUCACACAUCAGACUUUGAAAGACAUUACAAGAUCCAUAUUAAAGAGAAACCUUACAAAUGUGAUGAAUGUGACAAAUCCUUUCUGAGUGCCUCCUAUCUUAGAAUACAUCAGAGAAUCCAUACAGGAGAGACUUACAGAUGUAGUGAGUGUGACAGAUGCUUUACCACAAAAGACCGUCUUAGAAGUCAUCAGAGAAUCCACACGGGAGAGAAACCUUACAAAUGUGGUGAAUGUGACAAAUCCUUUUCCCAGAAAGUUCAUCUUAUGUCUCACCAGAGAACUCAUACAGGAGAGAAACCUUACAAAUGUAGUGAAUGUGACAAAUGCUUUACCACAAAAGACCACCUUAGAAUUCAUCAGAGAAUCCACACGGGAGAGAAACCUUACAACUGUAGUGAGUGUGACAAAAGCUUUACAAGUGCCUCAAAUCUUAGAUCGCAUUCAAAAAGACACACAGGUGUGAAACCUUACCAGUGUAAUGCAUGUAACAAAAGCUUUAAAAGUAGCUCAAAUCUAAGAGUUCAUCAGAGAAGACAUACAGGAGAGAAACCUUACAAAUGUAGUGAGUGUGACAAAUCCUUUACAGAGAAAGGGGCAUUUAGAAACCAUCAGAGAAUACACACAGGAGAGAAACCGUACAAAUGUAGUGAAUGUGACAGAUCCUUUACUGAGAAAGGGACGUUUAAAAAUCAUCAGAGAACACACACAGGAGAGAAGCCGUACAAAUGUAAUGAAUGUGACAAAUCCUUUGCCAAAAAAGUGGCAUUUAGCGUUCAUCAGAGAAUACAUACGGGAGAGAAACCUUAUAAAUGUAGCAGAUGUGAAAAAUCUUUUGCUGGGAGAGGCAAUCUUAGAACUCAUCAGAGAAUCCACACCGGAGAGAAACCUUACAAAUGUAGUGAAUGUGACAAAUAUUUUAACACAAAAGACAGUCUUAGAAGUCAUCAGAGAACACACACAGGAGAGAAACCUUACAAGUGUAGUGAAUGUGACAAGUCCUUUACCUGGGACUCAUCUCUUAGGAUUCAUCAGAGAACACACACAGGAGAGAAACCUUACAACUGCGGUGAAUGUGACAAGUCCUUUACCACCAAAGCCAGCCUUAGAACUCAUCAGAGACUACAUACAUUACAGAAACUUUAGAAUCGAAGCAAGUGUGAGAAAUCCUUUUUGGUUGGUACAACUCUUAGAAUAUGUUCUGGAAUAUUUGGUCACACUGUGAAACACAAGUGUUAAUACCAACCUUUGAUCGGGGCAAGAACCCAGAACUAAUUGGCAAGAAUUAGCUAUAGAGAGUAUGAAGCGGUGUGGGAGACUGAUAAAUGCACAGGAAAGAGUAGGGAGU